AUGUUGGGACCUGCACGAUCUGGCAAAGCCUUGCUGUUCGCCAUCCUCACAACGGCGCAUUAUGUGCUGGGACAAGGAUGCGAAUCUCUGCGGAUCAAAUCACCCGCAGACGCAGAGGCAGCGCGCAACUGUCCGGAGAUUUUCGGAGACGUCAUCAUUUACUACAAUCAAACAGCGAUUAAUCUCGACGGAGUCAAAGUCGUUCAUGGAUACAUAGCAACCCAUUGCCCAGAAUCGGGUCCAGCUUGCGACGGCCAUGACUACAUGGAGACCUUUUCCUCCAAUACUCUGACGACCGUGAAUGGAAACGUAAACUUUGGAGCGAGUUACGUACUCAAAAACAUCCCAUUGCCGCAACUAGCUACGGUAAAAGGAAUGUUCACGGUUUCCGGCCUUUGGAGUAUCAAAAACCUUGACAUCUCCAGUCUCGACACACUUGGCGGCCUAAUUAUUAAUGCCCCUGGACUCGAAAAUAUGAAACAUACCGCGGUUCGGGCCGUGACAGGGUUUGGCGAUCCCAAAAGCAGGGAAAUCUAUCUUCAAGUCUCAAGUCUCAAGUCUUUGGGAAACUUCUUUGAACAACCAAUCACGGUUGAUGCUGUCACGAUUGAGGGAACCAAGGAUUAUGAUCAUCUCGACUACGGCUUCGCCGAGACAGGAUCUCUGGUCCUCAGGGGUUCACCACUUCAAGCAAGUGUGCCCUCCAGUAGCAACAUGACAAUUACAUUUGGAGGUUCUCAGGCACGAGAGAUAACCAUCGGGAAACUCGAUUCGUACGGUGGCUUGGGCGGCGUGCAGCUCUCGCCAGAGCUCAAUAAGUUGUCUGUAGGGUCUUUUGCGAGCAACCUGGACAAAUAUGGGCAGCUACAUCUUCCUUUCGAUCAGCUUGGUUCUCUUACUUUGAAGUCCAAUCAAGACCUACAGUGGCUUUCCAAUACCCCCAAGGCAGAAAACUGGGUUGAUUUCAGCUUGAGAAUUCAAGACACUCCGAGAUUGAACAUCACGUCCGAAUACAACUAUUCCUCUAAUGGGGAACAGAAAAAAGUCUGGUAUUGGCCACAUGCCGAUAUUGGAACUAUCAAGAUUGAUGCCAACGUCACUAACGCCUUUUUCGAAUCUUUUUUGCAAGAUCGAUCCAAUUCUUCCAACCCUGAGUCCCGGCCAAAGGUCUUAGAUGAGUUUAACCUUUCCGGGGACAGCAAGGAAGACAUUGAUUGCCGACCCUUCAAUGCCCUGUCUGAACAGAGUGUCCUCCCCUCGGUAUCCAGUAAGAAUUACACUUGCUAUGGCCUAGAAGGGCUAUCGUCAGACGGAAGCCUUACCACGGGCUCCAGUGGGGACUCCUCCAAGUCGUCCGCUGGACCUGCAGCUGUCGCAAUGUCGUGGAAAGGUUUUCUGGCAUUUGGCACAACUGUUUUGGUCGCGGGUUUUCUUUGA